UGGAUAAGGGCGAUGGGGUGCGCAGGGAAUUGCUGCAGAACUUGAAAAAUAAUCAUUUCUUUUCAAGACGCUGUCUUCCGUACUCUUGUUAUUGGACAGGCGCCUAGAGUGAUCACCGAUAUAGACUGUGACUCCAGAUAUCUUUCAAUGGCCCUAUUCAAAAAUGGCGGUAGCGUAAGACUCCUGGGCCAUAGGUCGGUUGUAACCCGGAAGUACUCUUCUAAAGGAGGGGGCGGUGAAGCAAUCCGGAAGUGGAUGUAAUGAAGAGGUGCCACUUGGCGGCCAUGGCAGCUGUAGUAUCGGUGGCUCUGGGUCAAGGCCCAGCGGAGUGGAGUAAUAUGGGCAGUAUCGGGUAUAGGGCAGAGACAGCUUUGUAUCACCUUCGCUGCUGAACCCCUAAGCCCAUCGGUAGAGACCUGCAGGACUCUUUCCCCAUUCUAGACUCGGAGGAGAGUUUGCCGGGACUGGUGGGCUGGUCCCAGGCUGGCGAGAACCGCCCCAAGGAGGUAGGGGAGCCGGGAGGACGAACAAGUUUGCUUGGGUUUUCCUCCUUUUCCUGCUGCCACCUGGGACGUUGUGGAGGGAGAGGGUCCAUUGUGCCACCAUUCCGACGAUUGAAGAAAUCGCCCUUUGCAUACCUUUAACUGUUAACGCUAGGGAAUCCAGUGACUGGCGUCUGAAAACAGGGAUCGGGACCUGAGAUUGCUGAAAGUUCUCUCUGGUGCUAAUAUCAGCAAAAAGGGACUGUUUUCAGGUGCGUUCCAGAGAAGGGUUUCGUGAACACAUCUGUUGGUGAGGAGGACGAAAAAACUGGAAAGUCCACUUGUCUUGGAAUCACCACACGCGUUUAAGAACCUAAGCACCCUUUGAAGCCUCUGAAAAUUUGUAGUCUGGUGGCGGUGGGUAAAUAAAGGAGGACAGAAUGGAUGAUUUCAUCUCCAUUAGUCUGCUGUCUCUGGCUAUGUUGGUGGGAUGUUACGUGGCUGGAAUCGUGCCCUUGGCUGUUAAUUUCUCCGAGGAGCGACUAAAGCUGGUGACUGUUCUGGGUGCUGGUCUUCUCUGUGGAACUGCGCUGGCGGUCAUCGUGCCUGAAGGAGUACAUGCACUUUAUGAAGAUAUUCUUGAGGGUAAGCACCACCAAGCGAGUGAGACACAGAAUGUUAUUGCAUCAGACAAAGCAGAAAUACCAGUUGUCCAUGAACAUGAGCACAGCCAUGACCAUACACAGCUGCAUGCCUACAUUGGCGUUUCCCUCGUUCUGGGCUUCGUUUUCAUGUUGCUCGUAGACCAGAUUGGCAGCUCCCAUGUGCAUUCUACUGAUGAUCCAGAAACAGCAAGGCCCAGCAAUUCCAAAAUCACCACCACGCUGGGUCUGGUCGUCCAUGCUGCAGCCGACGGUGUUGCCUUAGGAGCGGCAGCCUCUACUUCCCAGACUAGCGUCCAAUUGAUUGUGUUUGUGGCAAUAAUGCUACAUAAGGCACCAGCUGCUUUUGGGCUGGUUUCCUUCUUAAUGCACGCUGGCCUAGAACGGAAUCGAAUCAGAAAACAUUUACUGGUGUUUGCGCUUGCAGCACCAGUCAUGGCCAUGGUGACAUACUUAGGACUAAGUAAGAUUUGUCAAUGGGUCAGCAGCUAUGGAAAUAGACCUCGAGAGCCCCCUGCUGGCUGUAGACCAAAGUAGCAUAAAUAGGAGGCGGUUUCGUGUAGUGGCUGCAGCCAUUGCAUAUGCGCUUAAAACCAGCAGAAGGUACAGCAUGGAAAGUCUGAGUGACUUUUCCUGAUAGCAACUCUGACUUAUGAAGAGUCUUGGGGCUUCAUGUGGUCCUUCAAGAUGUCAUGGUUGCCUUGAUUCUCCCUGGACAUUUACUUUGUUAAAUAAAUAGUACAUUUUAGUGUCUGGCCUGGUUUGGAUGGCAGCACUCUCUGCCAUACUGUUGUAUGAGAAAAGAUGAGAAAUUCGUUCUGCUGGCCAAAGCCUCUUGCAGCAGUGCCCUGCCAUCACUAAAAGUGUGGCUAGAAUAGCUUGCUGGGUAGGUGGGGCCUUGAACUCUGGCAAGGAUCGAACCAUCAGACUUCCAAAUUUGCCUUCCCCUCUGGACCUCACAGUAACAAGCAAACCUUUCAAGGCCUAUCAGCUCUCAGAAGCUAUGGGCUUCCCCAGAUUUUAAAGCUGCUGCCUCAGGAACUACUCCUGUGUCUCCUGGUCAGCAGGCAGAAAUAGCCAUACUAACCUUACAGGGCUCAAAUAUAUCUUCAGGCAGCAGGGGACCAAGCAGCAUGGCAGAGGCCUUCUUCACCGGGGGAAGAACUUGCUCGUGGUGGGCAGUGUCCCAGAAGAGGCCACAGCAGUGGUCGCUUACUGGCACACUUCAGUUCUGUUUUCCUCUUGUUUAAAACUGCCUCCUGCUUUAGAUGUAGAUGCCUUAACGCUCUCACACAUUUGAAAACGUUGGCAAUACUUAAGCUGCUGCCAUGAUUACAGAUGGAAUUAUUGGCUACCAGAGAGAUGCAGUUGAUGAAAAGCAUGGUCCUUCCUUCCUCAUAACCAAAGCUAAUCUUAAUUGCAAUUUGACUCCAUUUCCUUGGUAGGGAUCAAUUUAUUCAGAUUCCAGAUGCACUCUUAAAUGGCAAAUUAAAUUGAAAAACACUACUGAUCCAUUCCCCUCACUUGUUUCCCAGUGAAUUGCAUAUCAGUCCCCAUUUCCCCGAAGCGGCGAUGUUCCAGGUCUGGUGGCUUUCCUGCACCGGAGUGUAGUGAGUUGGAAACGGUACCACCUGCAGAGGCUCUGUGUUCUCUCUUCCCCCCAUUACCUUUUUACUUCCUUAUUCAAAACAGCCGAGUCAGCUGUGUUCCUGUACAAUGAAUUAUUAGAAAACGGAGAGAGGUGGUCAUUUGGAGGGGUCAGUUCUUUGUAAAGAGGAGACCAUGGAAGUGUGUUUCUUACCAGCCUACUUCUAAGGGUCACUUCCUGGUGUUUCUCUUGUUGGAGGAUUAGAACUAGGAGGACACCCCCACAUCGGAGUAUAUUAUGCCCUUCAGACACAUGGUAGCCAGGUACUAAACACGGGAGCUGUCUGCCAACAGCACAAGCCCCCAGAGAAUGUUCUUGCCUACAUGGCUCCUGGGCCCCUUGGGAGAUUGAGAAUAAUGACCAGAUUCUUCUAAAACCACUGCAGCGCAAGGUGAUCUACAGGGGAACCGUCGAAGAUUUCUGGUCAAAACAGAAUGAUCCCGAGAGCACUGUUGGGAGAUGCCAUGAACUUAAAGCCAACGAUGUAGCCCCCUUUGUAGCUGAGACAUCUAGAUCGAUCGCCUCAGGAGACUUGAGGGAAAUUUGUGACUUGUAGGAAAGGAGACAACCAUUGGGAAUUCUCUAGAUAUGCUCAGCCUAAACACAAGGAACUUGGCUUUGGUCUUUUUUCUGAUAGCAUCUUCUAGCAAGUUGGAAGUCUCAUGGGAUAAAACUGCAGUUCCCCUGGUUCAGUAGCCUGAAGAGUGAUUUUAAAUGUCCCCUUUUCUGGAUCCUUUGUAAACAUGAAAUCAUUCCAUGGAUGGCUGCCUUAUAAUUUUGUCUCUUUCCACGUUAAUUGUGAAUGGUUAAAAAAAAAAAAUUUUUUUUUUUUUGCUGUUUUCUGAUUUGUUUUAUGAUAUUAAAUUUUUAUUAGUGCAUACCUUAUGUGAGUGGCUCAUUAC